AUGGCAGGGGAGCCCAAACCAUACCGGCAACCGGGCUCUAAACGGCCCUUGUCAGCUGUAUACAGUGGUUAUGAAUUUGAUUAUGACUACUACAGGGACGAUUUCUACAGUCGGCUGUUUGACUACCAUGGCCGGGUGGCCCCUCCCCCGAGAGCGGUGAUCCCUCUGAAGCGUUCCCGUGUACUGGCGCCAUCCACACGCCGUGGGAAGACCUCCUUCCCAAUCAAGACCACCUCCUCUUCCUCAUCUUCUUCCAGACCACCCACCUCCUCCGCCUCCUCUACCUCCUCCGGACUCAAGUUGAAGACAGACCAGCUCCAGACCAUCAAAAGAGAGCUGACUCAGAUCAAGAUGAAGAUCGACUCUCUGUUGGGUCGACUGGAGAAGAUUGAAAAACAGCAGAGAGCCGAGUCUGAUGCUCAGAGAAAGUACGAGGACAACUGUGACUCUUUACAUGAGGAGUCUGUGUCUGAGACAGCCGAGAACUCUGGGGAGGAGGCUGGAGAUGGGGUGUUGGAUGUUGGAGAGAUGACUGACGGUGGCGAAGAUGACUAUGAUGAAGAGGGCAAUCAUCUGAUAGAGAACCAUGUUUCUGACAUUGACAACUGAGAACAGGAUUCGGGGAGCGGAUGUCUCUUCAUUUAUUCUAUGGCAUCAAGAGACAUCAUCAUCACCUCCUAGAGAAACCAAAGGAUCUCUGGGGGGAAAAACGGUUGUGUGUUUUAGAAAAAAGAUGGCUGUCCUCUUCCUUUCCCUUUCUUUCUCUGUCUCCCUCUCUGUAGAAGAGACAUUGAACAAAUGCCCCACUGAGCUGCAGUAACGGUUAUGAAUAUGGACUGCUGCUGUCAGAAAAAACUAAACAAAUGCUACUGCAUCUGCCCAUCCAUCUGCCCAUGGAUAUUCAAUUUGCAAUUGUUUUAGAGACUGAUUCAAUUAAGUUGUAGCUAGAGAGAGAAGAAAACACUCAUUAAAAUUGUAAGAGAGGCGGGAUAUUUGUUGAUGUUGAUGAUAACUGUCACUCCCUAGAGUUAUGUUCACAUUUGUUUGUUUAUGGCAUUUAUUUUCAGUGCAGAAAACAGUCAGAGAGGAUAAUUUUGCUUGAGCUUUUAGGUUUUUGUCCUUUAGAUUUCAUAUUUUGUGUUUUUUUUUUCAUUGACAGGAAAGUCACAAACAGAAAAGUCCUUUUCACUUAUGAGAUCAAAAAUGUUUUUUCUGAAAGGAUUUGGAAUAGUAUUGAGUAAUAUCAUGUUUUUGGACUCUUACCCAUACAUAAGCGAUCGCCUUUAGUGUAACUUUUCUGGCUUAUCCAUUUAUCAAAUGCAUGCCCUGGGGGGAUGUUCCAUAUUUGUUCUGACCUCCUGCCAAAUUUCAAAGAAGAAAACUGAUUUCUUGUUACAGCUAGCCAACGUCUGCCUUGGCAUCUAGCCAGGAAACCGUGCCCUGUGUCUCGUAGUAGCCCCUGCACAAUCUGUACUACCCAGCAUGCAUCACUCUGUAAGAAGCAAUGCCCUCUUUCUCCACAUGGAUCUGACCUCUCCUCAGGAGAGAAUGUCUUCUUUUGCUCUAUUUUUUUUCACAGCCACCACAACUGCAAUAUCACAUGCACAGGAGUCACAAAAUCCACCCAAGGAAAAACUGAGAAAAAAAAGAUUUUCAGUGUUGCGCUCUCAAUUAUCUCGCCCAAUUUAAUUAAUUGGUCCAAUCAGCCUAAUUGAAGGAUUAAUGCCAUUGUUCCCAAAUGGAAUAAUUAGACAACUUUGAACUCAUUAGUGUGAUUGGAUAUUGAAAUGUAUUUCUGUGAAUUAAAUUACAAUUUAUAUGUUGUUAAUUUUCUUAGUAAUUGUGUCAACUUUUUGAAGGUCAAAUAAAGUUCCAUUUAUUUAAGAUUUUAGAUGACCUGAAUAGAAAGCGCAGUGGACUAUUAAAAAAAACCACAAUUUCAAGGGUUUUAUGCACAUGAGUAGAAUUCAAAAGGUUUAAAACUACACAAUAAAAUAUUUGUUAUUUGUUAAAACAUUUAUUAUAUUACUAUGUUUUGAACAUUAUCAUACUACUAUCUGUUUUUAUAUUUAUGUGUAAUCAUGGGAUUACACAUUACUCACCAUACAUUCGCUUUUCUGAAAUAGAUUUUACGUAUGUUCAGUAUGUUAUUAAAAUGAAUUAGAUAAUUAUGUAGGUCUUCUGGGUGGAUCAUUAUGAAUGCUCAUUUUAAUUCCAUUAAUUACGUUUUUAGUAUAGAUAGUUCAGUAAUUUUGACAGAAGGUUGUCCAGACGUUUGUUGAAUUCCCGAAGAGUUGUCACUUUGCUGUUAACCAAAAGGCAAAGCCAAAUUCAAAAGUCAGAUUUUUAAGGAAAAUCCAUCCCUUGACACUAUUUGUCACUCAGUGUUUUUUCAAUCUCCCUUGACAAUGAUGAGUGAUUAGAUGGGUUCAGACAUAGGUAUGCUACACAUCAAUUUAUUAUACAUUUGGGAGAAGGGGGAGUUUAACCAAUGACAUAAUUGGUUGACUUAGCUGAAAAUCUAGUCAUGCUUUGUAGCAAUUAUUGUGGUCUUUAUGUGUGUCUUUCACACAUUGCUCGAUCAUAGUAGUUGCACGUAGAUAGUUGUUCUUGGCGUCUUUUUCUGGCUUUUUCACAGUUCACUAGCUAGGUACUCUUUUUGAGAUUCCUGCUUCUAAUGAUUGUAUAUUGCUAUGAAAUCAAUAUGAACUCUGGAUAUUAGGGUUUGCUUACAAUUCGGAUAUGUAGAUAGCCCAUUAAUACCAAUGCAAUAAAAUGCGUUUUUGUCAUGUGAUGUUUUGGUAAAUAGACCAGCAGUGAAAUUUCCCUUUUAAGUGUAAUCAAAAGGAGAUAAUAGUCCUCUUUCCAACCUUUAAAAGCACAACAAAGUUCAAGUGAACUAUGGAGUAUUUACGCAACACAAUCACUGUGCUUCAUCCAAUAGCAACACCAAAUUACUCUUAUUACAGUUCAAUGAUGUUUGAUCAAUGAUGUUUGAGAUUCUGCACAGUAUAUACAGCGGGGAGAACAAGUAUUUGAU